GACUGGCGGCGGCCGCUGGCCAAGGCGCGAGCCGUCGAGGGCGCCGCGCAGCUGCCCGUUGCCUGGGGCGCGGUGGUGGACACCAUCGAGCAAGGGCUGCUGGACCGCUACGACCACGUGGGGGCGGACAGGGCCAAGCGCAUCGGCAGGUGGGCUCGCUGCGUCAUGGGGGCCGGGGCGUAUGUCGCCACGGCGCUACGUCAAAUCCGCGGGGCCGACCUGCUGCGCGCGCUCGACGGCAGGCAACGCGACGAGUUGGCGGAGUUAUUGCUGGAGGACUUCUUCCAGCGGCAGCUGCUCGUCCUCCUGUCGGAGGGCUUCGUGGGGCAGGCUGCCCGCGCGGUGGAGUACGCCAGCGGCCAGCACGAGGAGGCGCUCAAGAGCCAGCAGCAGGCCUGGGCCAAGUGGGCGAACGACGCCUUCGGCAGAGGUGCGGGCCAGGCACGCCGCGGCUCCAAGGUGAGGGACUUGCAGAAUGUUAUCUCUGCCUGGCACGGCGAGCAGCAGGAGGCGAGCCCCCGCCGCGUGCGCGACCGCGAGGUGAAUGCGCGGGGGAAGGUGUGGCUGUGCCAUGGGUUGCAGCCGAUGCCCGAGCUCACGGUCGAGCAGCCGAGGCAGGCGGCGCUCUCCUUCCCACGCAGCUCGGCCAUAGGGCCAGCCAAGAUCGGCAUGAGGGCCCUCGGCUUCAACUCGGACGAGGGCAUGCACGUGCGCGCGCAGCUGAUCAUGUGGGGCUGGCUGCGGCAGCGCCCCAGCGUGGACAUCUGGGGGCUGGGAGCUGGCAGGUCAUCAUCCGACGCGGCGUUCGAUUUGAACCUGGAGACGGAGUUCGCGGUCAACCUCCAGGAGCAGGUUAUCACUGCCCCCAUGGACGCCUGGAAGUCCUUCGAGACAGUGGUCCCUGCUGCCCUUCUCCAGGAGGCGCGGCAGCUGCGCAUGCCGCUGCACCUAGUACGGCUUCUCAUCGAGCUGUGCCAUCAGCCGGGUAGGGCGCUGGUGGGCGACGUCGCGCUGCAGUGGGUCGGCGAGGCGGGCCGCAGCGCCCAGUUGCUGCGGGCCGCCGCCGCCCACCUUCGCGAGGAGGCCAAGGCGUUCGGCAUCAUCGCGCAGCCAGCCAAGCCAGGCCCCCUGACGUCCUCGAUAGGCCGCAGGCUUGAGCGGCGGCAGACCAGGAUCCGCCUGCAGGCGCUGGCGAGGCGCCGAGGGCGGAUCGCCGCGCUGCAGCGCGCAGCAGGACGCAAGGUGGCCUGCCUGCGACGCACAGGGCUGCUUCCCAGCACGGGCCACGAAGCGGGGGUCGCGGGGAUCACGGACGACGAGCUGAGGCGAUUGGGGACCGAGGCCAGUCGGCUGGUGGGCGCGCGCCCAGGACCUGCGGGGUCCACGGUCGACAUGGCCACCCAGCGCUGCGCGACCUACGACCCCAUCUGCGAAGCGACAGUGGCGCUCGUGGUCAGGUUCGCGAGCUGGAUCUGGGACCAGCGCGCCACCCUGGGGCGGCUGCAGAGGGCGUGGGCCACCACCACGUGGCGACAGAUCAUGGGGCACUUUGUGGAGCUGCAGCCAGCAUGGCAGCUCUGGCUUCGCGUGCUGCGCCUAUGCGCGGGCGGCAAGGGUACGGAUUUUCCAGAAGGACCAGCGGCCACCAGCUUGAGGAUUCACCGGGCGGGCAAGCCGUGGACCAGGCAGCGGCUCCACGAGGUGCGCCUGGCGGACUCGGCGAUGUGCUUGGCCUGUGGAGACGGGGCCGACACCCCUGGGCACAGGCUCUAUGGAUGCGAGGCGCUGCUCAUGGUGGAAUUCGUCGCCACGGACUUGCUGGCGCUGGCGCGCGAGGCGGGCUCGUGGGGCGAGGAGCUUGAGCAGGACGUCCAGGGCUACUUGGAGCUGGACAUCCACCCGAUGCUCUACGCGGGCAACAUGUGCGCGGACUGGUUCGCCAAGCAAGUGGCGUUGCAACGCACGGUGGCCCAGGUCCACGUGGACGCAUACGGGAUCGAGGUGCAACACUACAAAAAGGUGGCAGCUUACAUCGGUUGGAUCAUGCAGCGAUGCCUCCAGCCCAGCGAGUGGCAGCAGCGUGUGAGGGCGGUACCGCCGCCACCUGCAGGACCAUGCCCACGCGUGGCGGUGGUGGAGCACGUGCUGGUGGACGUGGGUGGCCGCCGUGGGCUGCUUUGCAGGGAGUGCGGCAGGCGAUCGCGGGCGCGGUCUGGUGCGGCGUCGCAGCAGUUCCUCAGGGCAACACGUGAGCCGUCGGCGCUGGCUCGCAUCAAGGCAGGUGUCGAGGUCCUGCACUUCGGAGCCCUGGUGCGCGUGGUCUCGGGGACGGGGGCUCGGGCAGUCGCGGCGAUGCGGGAGGCCGAGGGCGACGAGGGCGACCCGCCACUCGUCGACGGCGACCCGUGGUGCGACGCCGACGGGGGCAUGCUGGUGCACGGGGGCCAUCGGCUGCGACGUGCUGCGCCGUCUUCUGCGAG